AUGGAGAGAGGCCAACCUGCUGCGCCGAGCAGCUUAGAGAUAAAGGUGGUGAGUCCACGGCGGAGCGACAACGUUGUGCACCCGGCGGGACAGCCUCCGGAGACCACGACGCCGCGGCGGUCGUUCAGCGACUACAGCCCGUUGAAGAGGUGGGUGUCAUGGCUGGUGUCGUCGAUUGUGGUGGCCAACAUUGUGGUUUUUGUGGUGACCAUGUUCGUGAACGAUUGCCCCAAGAACUCCGACACUUGCAUUGGUCGGUUCCUCGGCCGCCUCUCCUUUCAGCCCUUCAAGGAAAACCACGUAAAGCUUUCACUCUUUUAUUUGUUGGGUAUGUGUCAUCCAAAGUCUAUAACUGCUAAAAGUAGCACUACAAGGCCAAGGGAGCUAUCAUCUGUUAGAAAAGAUGGGUGCUCUAGACGUUCAGAGAGUGGUUCAUCGACACUAGGGAUGGCGGCUGAUCUCAUGUUUGAUGGAAACAAGAGGACGUUUUAUUCAGCGGUGAGCAAAGAAAAGAGUUUAUACACCGAAGAUGGGGUUCAAACUUUAGUUUUAGACAUAUUCGAAUUGGUUUCCUAUAUUCUCAUGUCUGGUUUUGGUGGGAGUUUGCUUUCAGCUCUUUUUAUUCAAUAUGGUAUUUCUGUUGGUGCUUCUGGUGCACUUUUUGGUUUACUCGGAAGCAUGCUUUCAGAGCUCAUAUCAAAUUGGACAAUUGCAGGGUUUGUUUGCUGUAGGAGCUCCCUGCAAUCGGGACUCGGAGGGAACGCAACGGAUAGGCUGGCGCUGCUUGCCAUCAAAGAUCUUCAUAAUUACAACGUGAUGAGCUCCUGGAACGAAUCCACGCACUUUUGCAUGUGGCAUGGUGUGACGUGCGACGACAUCACCAAAGGGUCACUACCCUACACCCGCAAUCUCAAAAUCUGGUAG